CACGGUUUUGUGGUUAUUCCGUUGUCCAUUGGUGAUAAGAACCUUUUCACAUCCCCCCCUUUUCCAAAACCCUUUUUUGAUCUGGAGAAGUAUGGAGUCGGUACGGAUCCCGCAGCGGAGGAGGACGUCGUCGUCGUGGUGGCGACGGACGUGGGUGUGGGUGGCGACCUUGCCCCGUCCCACGUCGGCCGUGGAGGUUCGUCGACAUCCAAUCCGGAUGCGACGGAUACCGUCCCCGUACGUUGCGUACGGUAGUACUACAUCAGCGUUGCCUUUUCGCAUCGUUCGGGGAGGCGCGCAAUCGUCCCGACCGUCGUUCGACAAGAAGGAUGAUGAUGAUGACGAAUGGGAAGACUGGGAUGAUCUGGAUCGUGACGAUUCGGAACACGAUACGACGGAGCGUUCGACUCAAUCCAAGCCACAACUAGACGAUGAUGAUAACGAGUUUAUGAAAGACGCAGACGAGGACGGGGCGAUUCUGUCGAGUCCCUUUCUCGACAGUUUUCAGGAAGAAGUCCAUCGGAUCGUGGCGGAAUACCGCUCGGAGGUCCGACAAACCUUUCAACAAUUGCAAAGGGAAAUACUGUUGGAACGUCAGCAAUGGGAACCGACAACGUCGGAUCGAUCCCCGAACGAUCUUUCCGACGCGGGUCUGUCGGACGACGACGAGAUCGACCGGGAUGAGGGGCCGGACCAAGCCGGGGAUUGGAGUUCUACCGACGAGGAUAGUAACAACCUAGACGACGAAGACUACCAGGACAAAGACGAAACCGAUCCGGUACCCGAAUAUCUGGAUGUCUUUCGCGACUUGGACGCCUCACACGUGGGAAUGGGGGAAACCGAGGACUACAACAACGACAACUUCGACGACGACGACGACAAUCUGGCCGUGGAUCAUUCAUUGUUACCAAAGGGAACGUCCGCAGCAACGGAUACGAGCAACGAAACCACGGAAGCGAACGUCGAGGUACAUUUACCGCGUACCAACGAAAAGCGCCGGAAGAAAAAGAAGAAAACAAAGAAAAAGGCCACACCGUCCCGACCGACCGAUUGA